GCGUGGGCGGCGCCUCCGCCGCCGGUGACGGCGGAUACUUCAACGAUGGACGACAAGAUCUUAAUCAUAAUUAUUCAAUGGCGGUUGGUGGUUUUCAGACUUUGCCGACGAACUCGGGAUCGGAAGUUGAUGAUUCACAGGUCAUGGGGAGUGAGUUUGCUACUGAGUCCAGUAAUGAGUUGGGUUAUCCUCCGAUAAUUACUUUGGGUGUUAAUAAUAAUACAAAUUCUGAAAAAGCUAUAGUUACUGCUGUUAAUUCUGGGAGUUGUAAGAAAAUUACUGAUACUUUUGGUCAAAGAACUUCUAUUUACAGAGGGGUAACAAGGCAUAGAUGGACAGGAAGAUAUGAAGCUCAUCUAUGGGAUAAUAGUUGUAAAAGAGAAGGUCAAGCAAGAAAAGGGCGUCAAGUGUACUUAGGUGGAUAUGACAAGGAGGACAAAGCAGCAAGAUCUUAUGACUUGGCAGCUCUAAAGUAUUGGGGUACAUCAGCCACAACCAAUUUCCUUGCUUCGGAUUAUACCAAAGAAAUAGAGGAAAUGAAGCACAUGACGAAGCAAGAAUUCAUCGCCUCCCUAAGAAGGAAAAGUAGUGGUUUCUCGAGAGGAGCUUCUAUGUAUCGCGGUGUGACAAGGCAUCAUCAACAAGGCCGAUGGCAAGCACGAAUCGGUCGUGUUGCAGGGAACAAGGAUCUGUACUUGGGAACAUUCGCUACAGAGGAGGAAGCAGCAGAAGCAUAUGACAUAGCAGCAAUCAAAUUCAGGGGAUUGAAUGCAGUGACAAAUUUCGAAAUGAACCGAUACGACGUUGAGGCCAUCAUGAAAAGUUCACUCCCGAUAGGCGGAGCAGCAAAACGCUUGAAGAUCUCUCUUGAAUCGGAGCAGAAACAGUCGUUGAACGAUACGUACCAGCAGACUCUACACAACAGUGUCAACAAUAGCAGCAGCAAUAACAGCAUCAAUUUUGGGGCGAUUUCCCCUGUUUCAGCUAUCCCCUGUGGACUGCCAUUCGAUGCGAACCAACCUUAUUACCACCACAGCUUCUUCCCACACCUCCAGUACUCGAGCAACGAUGGUGGUGCUUCAGAUCAUACUUCUGGUACAAUGCCAUUGCUUCCAGCACCCGCGGAGAUCUUCAUCUGGCCGCAUCAGUCCUAUUAGAUUAGCGCGUUUAGCGCAUUUGUUUAGGCUAAUUAAAAUUAACUUUCUGACUUUGCAAAAAAAAAGUGUUAGCAUUGGCUAUGAUUAACAAAUAUGUAGAAGCUUAUCUUCAACAGUUGCAGUAGUAGAUGCAUGUUGAUUAGGUACUUAGUGUCACGGACUUAGACUUCCACUGACGCUCCGUGCUGGGUUGGGAGAUUAUUAUUGCAAACUCUUGUGGGAAAAUUUUGUUUGUCUUGUUUCCUUCACAUUAUAGAGUUGCUAUUAG